UGAACCAACACCUGCCCUGAGUCUCGCUGUGAAAAAUUACGAAAGAAUUCGGCUGUUCAACGCACCCAAGACCAACAAAUUUUGUGCUUACCGAACAAUAAUGGCAUCAAUCUGUGGACGCAUGGCGCUGCGUGCCGCCGCACGCCAAAAUGUGACAUACCACUCCGUUCGCACCUGCAAAAUGAUGAACGAUCCCUUGGAGCACGCCACGGGCAUUGAGAAGCGCGAGCUGUUGCUGAAGGCGGCCGGCAACGAUAAUCCCUUCGACAUGAAGGUGUUUAAGCGCGGUGCUGGCACCAAGGAGAACCCCAACUUGAUUCCAUCGGCCUUCGAUGCCCGCAUUGUGGGCUGCAUCUGCGAAGAGGAUCAGACCUACGUGCAGUGGAUGUGGCUGCAGAAGGGCAACCAGAAGCGUUGUGAGUGCGGACACUGGUUCAAGCUGGUCGAGAAGGCAGCUGUUUAAAGUUAUUAUUAAUUAAUUAAAUAAACCAAUUAAUAACAAAAACGACAAAACACACACACACAAACAAACAACCAACUAUUAAGCUAAAAGUCAACAAAAUAGCUUUCCAAAUAAACAAACAUCAAUCCAAAAGUAAUUGAAUUGAAGAGAAAUGCAAAACCAAAUGCAAUAUGCGCCGCGUCCCGCUACAGUUUUUAUUAACAACAUAAUUCUUAAUUUGGAGCUAGCCGAGUUAGUUGCAGCAAUGGAAAAGCGUGUACAAAAAAGGUUUAAAUAAAUUACUUUAAACAAAA